CCAGUUUUGGCUGGCGAUGGCGACCGAGACAGGCGUGGACGACGCGACGUCGACGUACGCGGACCUCUCGACCCGAAGCCUCUUCUCGUGCGGCCUCGAGGUGCUGCGCACGAGCUGCGCCGAGGCCAAGGCGGCCAAGACCCGGGCCUUUGCCGCUGCGUGGAAGGCGGGCACGAUCUCGGCCACGUCGCUGCCCGACGACGACCUCGCUGCUGUGCCCGAGUCGCCGGCGCGCCCCGACUAUGUGAGAAUCGCAUCCAAGAACGACAAGAUGAAGCAGGGUAACCGCAAGGCCUUUGCCCACAGCGUGGCCCACGCUGAAAGCUACGCGAUCGAUCUCAUGUGGGACAUGGUCUGUCGCUUCGGACCGUCCAACGACAUGCCCAAGGCGUUCUUUGACGACUUUGUGCGCAUCGCCGACGAAGAGGCGCAGCACUACCGCAGCUGGGCCGGUCGUCUCAAGGAUUUCGACUCGUUCUACGGCGACCUGCCCGGCCACGACGGGCUCUGGGACAGCGCGCGCGAGACGUCGUCCGACAUGCUCUCGCGGCUUGCGCUUGUGCACCUUGUGCACGAGGCGCGGGGCUUGGACACGUACCCGAUGGCCGUCGCGCGCUUCACCAAGAGCAACGACUUGACGACGCUGACGUUCAUGGAGAAAAACCAUAAAGAGGAAGUCACGCACGUCGCGGCGGGGCUGCGCUGGUUCCAGUACCUCUGUGAGAAGCAAGGUGGAUUGGACCCGAUCCCGACCUUCCACGGCCUUGUCCGCGCCCACUACGUCGGUGUGCUCAAGCCUCCGUUCAACACGGCGGCGCGCGACCGUGCGCUCAUGACCGAGGCAUGGUACAUGCCGCUGACCGAGCCGGCGUAAACAUGGCACUGCCUUGAAAGUCGACAGAAUAGAGUUGCAGCUUAUUCUAGAGCUUUCGAAGGGUCAAGCACGCUUGAGCCCGCUCGU